AUGAGGAACAAGAACACCGCGAACGAUCUCGUCUUUAACUUAGUACCAUCGACUGCUUUCAUUUCUUUGUCGAGAAGAAGUCUGUGCGAUGAUUAUGAUGGCAUCCUCGCUCCUUUUACGCGACAGUUCACGUCCUCGUCAUCAUCCAAAAACAGCAGCGGAGGACAUGGUUUCCAAUUAGGGGAGUUGUUCGCCGCUUCCGGUAGAAGACGAAGAAGUAAACGCGACGCUCUCUUUGUCGAUUGGAAGAACAGCUCCACCAGUAAAACUUCUUCUGCUCGCUUCGUCCACGCUUCGUCCUCGUCUGUGCUCUUCUCGAACAAAGCGACGGAAUCGGAAUCAAAAUUCACCGAAAAAGCGAACGAGUACUUGGAACUGCUCGGGGAAAAGCUCGAACAAUGGGCGGACGACGAGAUCGAGGAAGACGUGGAGUGCGAUUAUUCAGACGGCGUUUUGACCAUUUCUUUAGGCCGAGAGAGAGGGACGUACGUGUUGAAUAAACAAGCACCGAAUAAACAGAUAUGGUGGUCCAGUCCAAUAUCCGGACCGCAUCGGUUCGAGGAGGACGGCGCGCGGUGGGCGGACGCCAGGCGAGGCCAGGACGGCGACGAUUGUUUGGACGAUUUAGAGACAAAGUUAAGGAAAGAGUGGGGGGAGAUUUUUAAGGGGAAGAAAGGGUUAGAUUUGUAG